GUUGCUUUGUAUGACGUAUUGAUGCGAUGGCUCGUAUGCAAGGCGCUGGAUUGUCAAGGGAAAUGUACCGAAGUUUCUAUGUGUAUGUUAACACUAACAGUUUAGAAGGUAACCAUUUAUGAUGUUGUUGCAGACGAAAGCAACUAUGUCACAAAAAAAAAUUUGUGAGUCGUAGAAUGUGAUAAACAACAGCAAAAUUAGACAGAAUACGUAGACUUCGAAGCCAGUGAUUUCAAAUUUAAGAUACGGUUAGCCGUCCCUAACAAUCUCAUACACGAGGCGUUUCCCCAAAUCUCCCCUUGACGUGUAAUUAAAGUCGAAACGAUAAGGGAGCAAGGAACGAAAAGAAGGGAAGAGCGUCGAAAGACGCGUCAUAAGUCACAGUAAGCUACAUCUGACCUUUUUGGAUUCUGUACCUAAAAAAAGAAGUUUUAAUUAUAGUAAGUAAGUACGAAUAGAUUUUUCAAUGAAAAGGAAAACAAAGUUGGUGAUUAUCAUUGUUUGUUUUGUCUAUGAAAAUAAACAAAGAAACCGAAACAUGCUCUUUCCAAAAAGGAUACCUUAUACUUGGAGAAAGAAGAAAGCAUACUACCGCUCCUUUAUAUAUAUAUAAAAUACCUAUCGCCGGUUUGGAACAUCCGAUGCCUAUACUCAUAUACCCCGAAGGAAAAUGAAAGCUCUUGUUAUAUGAAAUAAGAAAAAUUAAACAUUCGAGUUUUAUUUUUCAUUUGUAAUGUUUGUGUUUUCGACCCUUCUGUGAUCUCAAGUCGGUUCGAUUGUACUGUCCUUAUUUAUGUUUAGCGUUUCGUCGCAUUCUUUCACUUCCCCACAAUCUGAUCUAUUAAGCUCCGAUGAUUUAGCGUUGUUGAUGUCUAGUAGUCUACCCGCCUACGUGUAAAGAAGACAACUUGUGAACGUUUUCUUUGAAAUCUGCGACUAUUUCUUCCCGUUCAGUCUUUUUGUAUUUAUGCCCCAUGGCUCCUUGGAAAAACAGCAGUCGUCAUGGUUUAAGGGGAAUUCCUUUUGUGUAUCAUUUCAAAGGUCAAGCUCUAUAGGUGUAUUACUACAGUUUUCUGUUUAGUUCCAUAUAACCCACAACUUCACCGAAUAUGGUUUGUUUAUUUGUUAUAGAAGUCGAUGGUAACUUCUCUAAGUUCGGUAAACCAUAAUAACGCACUGUUAGGAUUAUCCUUAUUCUCUUUAUACCUGUGCUCCCACCAUACGGCGAGAAAGCAGAAAUUUUUAACAAAAAACCAGCAAGCUGUCUAUAACAAUGCGAAGUAAGUUAUGUGAAUUAUGUGAUACCAAUCGACCUGCGCUAGUGCGUCCCAAGACAGGUCAAAGGAUUUGCAAAGAUUGCUUCUACUAUGUGUUUGAAACAGAAAUUCACAAUGUCAUUACCGAAAACAAACUCUUUCAUCGAGGGGAAAAGGUUGGUAUCGGUGCUAGUGGAGGAAAAGACAGUACAGUUUUGGCUUAUGUAAUGAAACUUUUGAACGAACGAUACAACUACGGCAUUGAAUUGCAUUUAAUUAGCGUGGAUGAAGGAAUUCGCGGAUACAGAGAUGACUCUCUGGCCACUGUGAAACGGAAUCAACAGCAGUACGAACUUCCAAUGACUGUGGUUAGCUAUGCCGAUUUAUAUGACGGAUGGACCAUGGACAAUGUGGUGGCUCGUAUUGGAAUGAAAAACAAUUGCACCUACUGCGGUGUAUUUCGCCGUCAAGCUUUGGAUCGAGCUGCGCUUAGUUUAGACAUCCAUCACCUGGUUACCGGCCACAAUGCUGACGAUAUUGCUGAAACUGUUUUGAUGAACUUACUACGAGGUGAUGUAGCUCGUCUUCCCAGAAGCACCGAAAUCACUACUCAGUCAGAAACUUCGCCUACAAAGCGCUCCAAGCCUUUCAAAUACACAUACGAAAAGGAAAUUGUUUUGUACGCUCAUUAUAAAAGACUGGAUUAUUUCUCUACCGAAUGUACCUAUUCUCCCGAGGCAUUCCGGGGAACUGCUCGAGCCAUGAUCAAGCAAUUGGAAAGCAUUCGACCGAGUUCGAUUUUAGAUAUUAUCUAUUCUGGAGAAGCUAUGCAACUUUCUCAUUCAGUUCAGGAUAAGCUUCCUCAGCAAACUCAGUGUGAACGAUGUGGCUUUAUAUCCAGUAAUCGAAUUUGUAAGGCCUGCAUGCUUUUGGAAGGAUUGAACACAGGUAUCCUUGGGUUGGGUUUAGGAAGCGACCGAAAGACUCGUAAGUUGCAAUCCCAAACACCGGAAUGUGCUAAAGGGUAAAUUCACGUGAAAAGUUUCUAGUUGUAAGCUUAUAUCUAGAAAUGAUGAUUGGGUUUUGGGAUUUAAAAAAGUACUUAUUUGGGUUUAGUUUUAGUUUAGGUUUAAUUUGUCAUUUAAUUUCUUCC